AGGUAGGUGAGAGUAUUAGAGUUGAGCAAGCGCGCGCUACGCGGUCUGGAACUCACGACUUGUGUUGCGCACGCGUGGCCAAGCAGUGGCGAUGGCUUUGCUGCAACGUCUUCUUCUCAUCAAUCUGUGUGCUUGUCUACUAUGUCAAUGUAGCGCAUUUUAUCUCCCAGGAGUUGCUCCAGUAGAAUACAAGCGAGGAGAAGAGCUAGAAAUUAAGGCCGUCAAGAUGACAAGUGUCAAGACACAGCUACCGUAUGAUUACUAUUCGUUACCAUUCUGCAAGCCAGCGAAGGGAAUUCACUACAAAUCAGAGAAUCUAGGAGAGGUUCUGCGAGGAGAUCGCAUUGUCAGCACUCCCUAUAAGGUGCAUGUACUUAAAGACGAGAAAUGUCAUGCUCUGUGCUUCAGCGGUGGCCCAUUGAAGUUCAAUCCUCAUCAGUCGAGCUCGUUCCACAAUCGUAUCAGUAAAGAUUAUGCCAUUCACAUGUUGCUUGAUAAUCUUCCUGUUGCUACAAAGAUUCCGUCGGUGGACGAUCCAGCUAUAGUUCAGUUUGAUGAUGGAUUUCGGCUUGGAUUUAUGCAUGAUGGAAAGGCGUAUGUCAAUAAUCAUCUGGACUUUACCAUUAGAUAUCACCAGGAGGGUGAGACUAGCGAUGAUGGAGUGAGAAUUGUUGGCUUUGAAGUCAAUGCUAGAAGCAUUCAAUAUGAUAGUAUGAAAUCCGAGACUGAGUGCACAAUUCCAGAAAUGACCAAGUCCAAGCCUUUGUUGAUCGAGAAAGAGAAGGAAAGUCAAGUUUGGUUUACGUUUGGAGUGCAGUGGGUGCAUAGUAAGAUCAGAUGGGCAUCACGUUGGGACAUCUUUCUUGACAUGAGUGAUGUGCAGAUUCAUUGGUUCUCAAUUAUCAACUCUCUUGUGAUUGUCUUGUUUUUGUCUGGCAUCUUGGCAAUGAUCAUGAUACGAACACUGAGGAAGGACAUAGCAAAAUACAACAGAGAAGAGGACAUGGAUGAGGCUAUGGAAGAGACUGGGUGGAAACUUGUCCAUGGCGACAUUUUUAGACCACCGCAACACUCUCUGUCUCUUACCGUUCUCAUUGGAUCAGGAAUGCAUAUAUUUAUGAUGACAUUGGUAGUGCUUGUAUUGGCCAUGUUUGGCAUGCUGUCACCUGCAAGUCGGGGAGCUCUCAUGUCAGCAAGUAUUGUACUUUAUGCUUUCAUGGGAAUAUUUUCUGGCUACUACGCUGGGAGGUUAUACAAAACACUCAAAGGCACACAAUGGAAGAGAGCAGCUAUUGUAACCGGCUCCAUGUUUCCAUGCGCUGUAUUUGGUGUUUGUUUCAUCUUGAAUUUUUUCAUUUGGGGAAAGAAGUCGUCAGGAGCCGUUCCGUUUACUACAAUGCUGGCUUUGUUGUUUAUGUUUUUGGGUAUUUGUAUGCCUCUUGUCACAGUAGGGUUUUACUUUGGCUUUAGAAAACAGGGUUACGAUCAUCCGGUAAGAACAAAUCAGAUUCCACGACAAGUUCCUGACCAACCAUGGUACAUGCAUCUGAGCAUCGGAGUUCUCACGUCUGGUGUUCUUCCAUUCGGUGCUGUGUUCAUCGAGCUUUUCUUUAUAUUUUCGGCGAUCUGGCAGAAUCAGUUCUACUAUCUGUUUGGUAUUUUGUUUCUCGUCUUCAUCAUUCUCAUCAUCUGUUGUUCGGAGAUCACGAUAGUCUUGAUCUAUUUUCAACUGUGUGGCGAGAACUACCACUGGUGGUGGAGAUCAUUCUUCCUCUCUGGCGGUUCUGCACUCUACGUCCUCAUCUACUCCAUCUUCUACUUCCAUUCAAAGCUCGAAAUCACCGAAUUCAUACCAGCACUUCUCUACUUCAGCUACAGCGGCCUCAUCAUCCUAACGUUCUGGCUCCUCACAGGAACCAUCGGCUUCUGGGCGACCUACUACUUCAUCGGACGGAUCUACUCCGAGGUCAAGAUAGACUAGACAAGGGGCACGACGUAGGGUAAACAGUAGGGGGUGUGAGGGAAGUGUACGACAUCGUGAUGUAGUCAUUUGAGUAUUAGGUUUGAAGGAAUUUGUUUCUUUCCAACAUAA